GUGCCCCCUGGCGUCCAAAACAACGGGUGAGGAAAUCUCCGGGUGGGAGUGCUUCUUUCAGCCAAUGGCUCGCUUGUGCGUCUUUGAUUCCGACGAGGAUCUCGGCAAGUUUUUGAUGGCCAACUACGAGGAAAGCCAAAGGAUCGAGGUUCCGCAACGAUCCUCCAGAACACAGCUUCACGACGAAACUGAGACUGCUGCGGCGCUACUUGGGUAUGUGUAUUCGAACAUGCAGCCUUGGUUCAAGGAGGACACGGAACGGAUGCUUCUACAAAGCGACGUGGAUUCUGUCAGGUCCGCGAGGUACGUGGCAAUUCACGUUCGGCGGGGUGACAAGCUUACCCUCAAGGAGGCGUCGAGGACAGAGGUUGAGGUACGGGUCUACUGUAUGUAAUGAUGUUGCGGACCAAAAAGAACAUCGUCGUCAAUGAACGGCGACACUUGCGUGUCCUGUAACCUCCUAAUUUCCAACCGAGACACUUGUUCGAAAGUCUUUAAGUGCCUUUGUGUUUUACCCGCAACCGCGUGUUCUCGAAAUGUCACCACUCAAAAAUGCUCCAUACCGAACUGGUGAUAGUUUUGUUUCCU